UUAGUACAAUGGUGGAAGCUUUAUAUUUCAUCUCUUUUGGUCGACAAUGCAUGGCUGAGUACACAUAAAACCGAUAUUUUAAAAAUUAUCAUUUUAAUAUAGGUAGCACUUUUGUGAAGACACCUACGCAAAUAUUUGCAAAAGGAAGAUAAAAUCUUACCUACGCUGGACGCAUAUUUAAAUAAAACAAGGAUUAACCGGUAAACCGUUAAUAAUAACUACAUUCUACAAGAGAAAACGAUUGUUUGUGAGAACAAUUUAUGUGGGAAAAAGCACGUGCUAAAGCAAAUUAGCUUUCAGUUUCAAUAAAAACAGCCGAAUGUGGAUGUUUGAAGUUGCAAACGUCAUUUAUCAAGAUGAGUAACGGUGUCCUUCAUUCGAAGCAGACAACGCAGACAAACGGAGGCGCUAAUGGCGCGUUUUACUUCGGAUUCCAGGGGGAGUCUGUGACCGGAUGUGGAAACGGCUCUUCCGGUAAGAUGUAUCAGGACAGCUCCUCUCGGACCUCUUACCAGAAUGGAUUCAUACGCAACAAGGAGUACGGGGACUUUGACACUAUCCCAUCCCCAACGAAAGCAGACGGCGUUCCCUCAAGUAUUCCCGCCCAGAUGGCGCGACAGACUAGCAGAAGCAGUACCAGACCCACAGAAAGGUUCAUACCGGAACGCGAGAUCGAGAUUCCAAAAGACGGCAGUCUGCACGAGUUCUCGGCAGACGACAUGUCCACGUUCUUACGUCACAUGGGCGUCGAGGAGCGCAUCGUUACGCACGUGCACUCGAAGGGACUCGAUGGUAGAAAGUUCUCGAAAUUUAAAGACUCGGACCUCGAGAGGCUAUCCAUGAAAAAUCCAAUCAUUUGCCAUUUCCGGGAUAAAAGCAUCCGAGAAAAGGGCGGGAAAAAGAAGAUACCGUUUCUUCUGUAACUUCAACCGACGCAGUUAUGUGCCCUUAGUGACGUGUUCAGUGUGAUAUGACACGAAAGAUAUCUUAUUCAAUCAUGUAAAUGUAACGUUUUGACUGACCAUUUAUUACCUUCUUGUUAAACUGUUGAUAUUAAAUGUUUGUGCACAUAUUCUGAGCUCACUGCACAUUGUCAGGCCUGUUUAUUGUACAUAUAAGCAUGCACCCAUUCAUGCAUCUUAUGAGGGCAAAAAAAGACAAUGUUUAAUUGCGAAUUGCCACCUUAGUGGCCAAGUGUAUGUCUGCUUAUUUAUUAAGGUAAGCCCUUGUAAUUCUUAUUAGGCACUAAGCAAAUGUGACUUAAACAAUGGUAUUUUGCAGACGCUUACAAGGUCUAUAAAAACAAGUUGCAUCUUACAUUUUGAGUUCAAGCAUACCGACACCGCUAGUCUGUGGCGUUACGAAUGUAAUACAACUCACAAAUAAAAAACACACACCUGAAAAUGUAGGACCGUGAGGAACAAUGAAUUAGUGCAUUAUUAAACAUGUUUGCAUUUAUAAUGGCUACCCAUCCGUUAUGUCUUCUUAAUGUCCAUAUUUAUCUACUUUAUCAAAACACUUUGAAAAAGCACAUAAAGUACUUUCGCUAUACGAACACUAUUUCAAAUUAAGAUGAUUGAUAGCAGAUGAUUUGUUGCUCAUUUUUGUUAUGUCUCAAAAUACGCGUAUAAAUGUAUGUUAUACAUAACCGUUCAAUGUUAGUACACAGACAAUCCUUUUUAAUAUAGUGUACUUGUUAUUAUUUGAAGAUGUGUGCGUUUUCGGACUUUUUGUAGUGCUAGAUAUACAUAUAUUUGAAAUGAACAUUUUUUUAUAAUUUAAAACUAUGUAUUUAAGCUCUUUUGCAUUGAAAACUAAGGCUUAUUGAAACUCUCUCGAGUCUGUUUCCCGACUCCGUUUCCUGGGUAGACCCAGUAAUUGGUAUCUUUGUGGGAAAUCGAAAGAAAGCUCUCACAAUGGGGUUUGAACCGGUUUGUACCAUAAUAUAGAGAGGUGCAUGUAACAUAGAUAUUAGCCAAUACAGAGAAUGUAUCUCCAGAUAUAACUUUUUGACAAAAACUGGAAAAUACUACUAGUCUUGCGAUAAAAUUGAAAUUCAAUUAGAUAAUAAGGGGAAUGUCUGUAUAAAUAUAACAUUGAAAAUAUAUGGACUGUUUUGUCUAUAGAUAAUGUAUAAUAUUAUUGUGCAACAUCACGGGUAAAAAGGUUGAAUAUAGCUAGUACCAGAAUUCUAAUUUGAGUAUUUAGCUCUUUAUUUAUAUAGGCAAAAUCUGGAAUGUUACAUCAUUUUGAAACGUUUAGUUGUUAACUGACUAGAUCUCAAAGUAUAUCAGAUAUUACUGCCAAUAACUGUGAGAGCUGAGUGAAAGCUACAGAUAAAUGGAGAGGUUGGUGAGAACUGAAUAUUGGACAUUCCCCUGGCUUAAUUUGUGUCUCACUGACGAGUUUUGACACAACCAAUCAAAAAAGUGCUCUAUGAGUAAGUGAUUGUGCAAAUGAAUGUUAAGAUAAAUCGUCUUCAUCAUCAUCAUCUUCAUCAUCAUCAUAUUCUUUUUCAUCAAGUUUAUCAUUGUCAAUAUUAUCAUCUCAUAAUUCUCUUUCAAAUGCUUAUGAUGAAUAUGCGUUUUCAUCGUCAAUAUUGUCCGCUGAUAUGUAUAUGUGAACUUGUAUAUCUAUUAAAAGAUGUGUUAUACUAUGUUAUAAAUAUUAAUCAAAUAAAUAUUUAUAUAAG